AUGAAUCCAACUAUUAACAAUCCACGUUCCCCAUUCACCCGUUCGCGGGGUAUUUUCGGAUCCAUGGGAUCCUUCGACUUUACCGAGCAGCAGCAGCAGCAGCCGGAGCUGCAGGUCCCCCCCGAAGGUUCCGGCGACAAGAAUGGACUCAAUGCGAUGCCCUUCCUAGGCCAAAUCCACACCAGUCCUCUGCUGUCCCGCCCAAUGGGUCCAAUAGUUCGCUCACACCCCCCCCACCAUCCCUCCGACAGGGGAUUCAGAUGGAUGGCAUCGAUGAUACCACCGCCCGUGUUGAGCUCCCUCUGGACAGGCGGCGCUUCUCCGGACAGCCGCGGAGACUACUACGACGGCCCGCACGAAGAGUACUCCGACGGCCGCUACGAUGGCGACUACGAGGGCGACUACUCGAUGCCUACCGAGGAGGAUCAAGAGGAGGUGUCGUGCUCCUGUCAGAGCCAGACCUGUCAGAGCCAGAGCGAGUUCAGGAUCGUGCUCUCCACAAUGCAGCCGGAGCACCGUCAGCGCAUGGUGGCCUUGUACCACCUCGUCUUGGAGUCCGCUGUGGUCAAGGUCGUGCUGCUGGUGCUACAGAUGCUGUGCUGCGCGGUGUUCUGGCUGGUCGAGAAGACCGUGGGCAUCAACGAAACAGUCGGCUCGACGGGCCUCCGAUUGUGGAACAGCAAGUUCAAGCUGCGCACCAUCCAGCGCCAGUUGCUGUGGCGCAUGGCUAAUGCCCGGGGCGUGCUCAUGACCACGCCCUGGCUGUUCUUCAUCAGCCUCCUGGGAUUCAUCCUGUCCCUGGCGGCGCUCCUGAAGAAGACCGUCAAGGAGCUGGUGUUCCAGAUACGUCUGCACCUCGUGCUCUAG